AUGGCAGGUAGAAACGUUUGGGGGUUGAAGCAGCUGUAUCUGCAGAUGUCAUGCAAGAGAAGAAACUUUGAAGCUUUCUUCAGGAGAUGUGCCUCAACCUCAUCACAAGUGCAUGAGAAUUGCAAAGCCUCACUGCUAGAGAAAUUGAAUGCCAAGAUUCCUGAAGAGAGCAACAAUGUCUGCAUCUACCGAGUCCCCACAAAACUGCGUCAAGUAGAGGCAAAGGCAUAUGAUCCAAGCAUUGUAUCGAUCGGCCCUUAUCAUCGUGGAGAUCAACGCUUGAAAGAAAUGGAGGAGGUAAAGCUAAAAAUUUUCCAUAGAGUUUUCAAGUCAAGACAAGAAGGUGGAGACGAACUAGACAGAGUGAUUUCGGCAAUGGAGAAACUAGAGCCGAGGGCUAGGAGUUGUUACGCAGACGAUGUUAAGCUGAGCAGAGACGAGUUCACUGAGAUGAUGACCAUCGAUGGCUGCUUCAUCCUGCAGCUCCUGAGGGAGGUCGGCGGCUGUUCUUCUUCAUCCCUUCUUCAAAGGUGGAUGUUGCCAACGCUGCACCGCGAUUUAAUCAAGCUUGAGAACCAGCUCCCAAUGAUAGUUCUACACAAAUUACUCAAAUUGGUCUAUGCCAAUUCUCAAUGUGAAUACUCGAUUCUUUCCCUACAAGACCUCGCUUUGAAGUUCUUCAAUCCGUUACUGCAGAGGGACUCCCAUACGAAUGCUGCCGGUGCCACCGCGAUGAAUGGGGCUUGUCACUUUCUUGAUCUUUUCCGAUCCAGCAUUCUCCCGGAGAUUCAGGAUCAGGACCGGAAAAGGCAACCGCACAUGAUCCGAUCUGUAACUGUGUUGAAGGAAGCAGGAGUAGUCCUUGAGAAAUCACCCAAUGACAGGGCAUUUGACGUCCAAUCCGAGGGAAGGUUCCUGAAGAUUCCGCCACUCCACAUCGACGAUCACAGAGGCACCUUGUUCCGCAACAUGGUGGCCUUAGAGCAAUGCCACAAGAAAUGCAAACCCGACGCGACGGCAUAUCUGUUCUUCUUUGACGGGCUUGUGAGCUCGGCGGACGAUGUGGAAAUCCUCCAUUACAAAGGCAUAGUCCACCACUCCCUCGGAAGUAACGAAGAGGCGGCGAAUCUGGUGAACAAGCUGUGCAGAGAAGUGGACUGGAAUGGCGAAGAGUCGUAUCUGCACAAAGUGGUGUGCGAAGACAUUGACGUCUACUUCAUUAGCGCUCGCGCGAAGCUCAGAGGGCGCCUCGUUCAUUACUACUUCAGCAACUGGACAGUCGGAAUUUCGACUGUGGCAGGAUUGUUCGCGCUAUAUCUGACGCUAAUCCAAACAGGUUGCAGUGUCGCUGAUGCACUAGAAUAUAUGCAGGAGGAAAGCUUCUGGUCAUACCUAAGUCUAUCAUUUUUUCUGCCCUUCUCUCGCCCCUUCAUGCCGCUAGAUCAAAAGGAUUUGAACAAGGAAUGA